AUGGCAGAGAGACAGAGGAGCUCUCCCCAGCCCCAACAGAGUUACUCACCUUCUGUUGAUCAUGAGCGAGUCCCUGCCACACUAUCGACAGCUGACGCACCAGGCAGUCAAUACGUAGGGCAGUGGCCGUCCGCAUCGGAGGUGGAAGAUCCCACUGUAUUGCACAGUGCUCCUGCCCAAGAGCUAGAGGCAAUGGCCGACCACCAAGACAAGGUCUAUCAACCUGACCUACACUCGCCAGUCAUCUCAUCUGAUUGUGAAGUCGAGUCGACAUGGCCCAGAGUGUUCCAGCAGGAGUAUAUGAUGCCUGUAUUACCAUACACUGUCCUGGUCCCGGCCAAUGGACUCUCACACAAGGCUCCAACGGCUCUGCAGAACAGGCAUCCCAAGACUAAUAACUUACUUUCUUUUAUCUUUACACUGUCUCCCACCUGA